GUUCUCUCACAGAAAUUAAAACAGGUGAAUCGGUAAAAACUAAAGAGUGCAAGAUGAAAGUUUUCGUGUUCCUAUUGGUGGCCAUUUCGGCAGUUCUCGUCUACGGCAGACCGGACGACCAAUACACCACCAAAUAUGACAACAUCGAUUUGGACCAAAUUUUGCAAAGCGACAGAUUGUUGAAUAACUACAUCAACUGCAUUAUGGAUAGAGGAAAGUGCACUCCUGAUGGACAAGAAUUGAAAAAGGUUUUGCCUGAAGCCCUGCAAACCGACUGUGCCAAAUGCAACGAGAAACAGAAGGAAGGCGCCAAAAAAGUACUCCGCUUUUUGGUAAAGAACAAGAGACCAGUCUUCGAUGAAGUCGCUGCCAAAUUCGACCCAGAGAAGAUCUACAUCAACAAGUACAGGGCUGAAUUCGAGAAGGAAGGAAUCACUGUUUAAAAUCAACUAAUAAAUUUGUUAUAAUAAAAGAAACACGCAACCUAUAUUGGUUAAUAGAAUAAUACGUAAAAAUGUAAAUAUUUGCUUGAAAAAAUAAUAUAAUAUAUUUCUCAGUUUGCA